CUUGGAGUUGAUCUUGAACCUCAACCACUGCUCAAGUUGAGACUUCCUUCAGCUCAACUUCAGAGGCUCUACCUCUGUGUUUGGACGCUUUGCUUCCAGUCUUUUAUCUGCUGCUAGAUCAUGCUCAUUUCUAUCGCCGCCCUUGACAGUUUGAGUGCGAAGAUUCGAGGCGGGGCAGACGCGCACCUGUGAUUUAACCAGUCCUAUUCCUUUAUCCCUUCAUUCCUUUCCUCUACGAUCCUCGACGACUCUUUCGUCUCCGUUCGCCGAAAUGUCCUUUUUUGGCUUUGACACCUCCUUGCCCAGAGACCAGCCGGCGACUGGCAAGGGUAUCUUCGAACAUACAAAUCCCUUCAACGAGGUUGCAAAGGCUCGCAAAUUGCAGGCUUUUCAUGGCGAGGGCGACGAGGAAAUCCUCGACUUUGAGGAUACCUAUGACGGUCUCGGUGACCAACUCCAGGAAGCCGGCGAUGAUCUGAACGACGAUACCUUUGGCGGAGCCGCUGAGCCUGCUGGUGGCCGAGGCGGAAACGGUACAGAUUUCGACUUCUUCGGCACCACUGCUCAGGUCUCUGCCGCCAUCGAUGAAGAACAUGUCCGCUACAAUCUGCAGCAUGGCCAGCCUGUCCAGAAACCUAAGCGCUCGGGCUACGAAAAAUAUCAAGAUCCUGGUUACAUCCCAGACAUUCAAGCAAAAUCCAGUGCUUGGACCUCGCGAUCUCAGCAACAACCAAAACCGCCCCAUGAAGAUGCACGGAUCAGUACAGCAAGACCUCUAGAUCAACCAGAGCAAUACCCCAGUCAUGCGAAACCUGCGCAAAUGCUCAGUCUUGCUGAAGUCGAGGCCGCCAUGCAAGGUCAAUCUCAGUAUUCACAACCUCCACCUUUCCCAUUUCCGCUUCAGCAUCAGAUCCCGCCACAGUACCAACCGCCUCCACCAAUGGCCCAGCAGCACUUUCAACGCCAUGCUCCAGCUCCCAGUUAUCCCCCACCUCAUCAACCAACUGCUCCCCCACCACAACCACGUGCUUCUCAAAGUCCUCAACGUCACCAGCGGGCUCCAUCACAGCCCACUCAGCCACGUGCACAGCAGCCGCCUCUUCAGAUUCUCCAGAACCCUAACAGGGCUCGCCAUUCCCCCAAACCUAGCGUUGACAGGCCGGGCCAGCAACCAGGAGACCCAUCUCAAGGUUCUACGGUCAUCACCAACCCUCAGCAGCUUUUGCAACUGUCUGAAGAACAGAGAAAAGCGUAUCUCGAGGAAGAUGCGAAACGCGCCAAACGCAACCAUAAGAUCUUUGUUUUGUCAAAAGGCAAUGGCCUCAUGACUCCGCAAGACAAGAACUUCAUCACCCGUAUUCAGCUGCAACAGCUUGUCACGGCCACCGGCACUUCGACCGAUUCGAACCCAGAAGCUGCCCUUGCAGAGGACUUUUACUAUCAGGUUUACAGCCAGAUCCGAGGCGCCCCUCGCCAACACCCCACUCAACCUUUGGGUCAUUUUGCUCAGACUUAUCUGUUCCAAACUGGCAGCCGCACCGGCGGUCGACGACACAAUGUCAACGGGGAGAAUCAUAUGCAAAGAAUGCAACAACAGGUUCAGCGUGCAGUUGAGGCGGCCAAGCUCAAGCCCAAGAACAAGCAAUUGAUCAUCGAGGGCAGCUUGGGCAAAAUAUCUUUCAGCAACGCCAAGACUCCUAAGCCUCUUCUUAACAUCAAGAGACAGGAGAAUUUGGAUGCACGCCCAGACGGCGCUAAAAGAAAUGCUGUCAGUGGCAGCGACCGCACGAGCAUUCUGAAAAACAUUGAAAAGGUGUACAUGACCCUGAUGUAUUUGGAAGACAAUGAACGACAAAUGCCUCCACCACCCACAGAAGGUGACGCUGAUGCUGUUCAAGCUCACAUCCUCUGGCGGCAAAGGCUGUCUGAGCUCAAUGCUCAACUGUGGCAAAAUCUGAAAGUUAUGGAUCCCAUCGUGCCAGGCUCGACCGUCACUCAUCCUUUCAUCGCCUUCUUGUCGUUUGCCAAAGGCAAAAAGGUCAUUCCUCGUAUCUUCCAUCAGAUUGACCAAGAACAAAGGGUGACCAUCUUGACCAUGAUUGUGGUUCAUCUCGAUCAACUCGACGUUAUUAGAGAGGCGCGACUUGCACCAGGUGAAACACAGCCACCCCCACAUGUCCGGGAGGAUAUCGAAUUGUUUUCUCAAGCUGUCAUGCCAUGUCUCCUGGGAUAUGUUAGCGAUGCUCCUAUCAACAUUGUCAUUGGCCUUCUGGGUCUCUUGAUUGACCACACCAACCUGAACACGGUCGCCCAUACCAAAAUUGGACUUGGCAUGCUCACUAUGCUUCUCAGUAGAGCUGAGCUUGUCAAAGAGAGUGGCUCUGUUCCAGACCAGGACUGGCAACAAUGGACCGACCUCUACAACCGACUGUUCGAUUUGUUGGAGUCGAUGCUGCCUACACUAUUUACAGGACCAGUCAAUUCAGGCGACGACAUGUAUAUUUGGCAGUUUUUGGCAGCUCUCGGCAUUGGAGCUAGCCCGGAUCAGCAACAACGACUUGUGCUUGGUGUCAAAGACCGGGUUAUGGAGACAGUUCUUCAAAGCAAGACUCUUCCAGCAGAGAUGUCGAGCGUUCGCUUGGGCAAUGUAAAUCUCUUCAUGAGAGCCAUUGGUCUUGAUGUAGAAAUGCUUGGUUGAACGAAGAAGGGGUCAUGUAUCAUUGCAAUAUGAGGAGAAUUAGGACGAUGAUGGUGCUCAAGUGCUCGACUCAGCGCACAACACAACAGAAAGCACUUUUGGCAAAAGGGCAUGCCAGAGCAGGCAACUUGGAUGGGCAUUGUAGGGCCUAUCACGCAUGGGCAUAUUUGGCUCUUCACAUAGCUUUCGUCAAUGGUGACACAUUCAUGACUAAAAACAUUAAGCCAUGUACUAGGCAGAGGCUGGCAUACUAGUAUUAACACGAUGUAAGAAAAGCAGAAUUACUUUUGAA